AUGAAAAUCGCGAUUUAAAAGUGGCCGUUUCUUCUCCUAAUUCUGUCUUCUGUAAAAGAUCGCAAUACAUCGUAAAAGAGAACGCGGUAAAGGCGCGAAAUUACGCGCUAAAAUGAGUCUUAAUAUAACAAAGUUGUUUUCAAGGAAAAAAACCGGCUCGGUUGACACAGUCGCUAAAAUUGGUCUUCCUACUCAAGUUUCUCAUAACUUUCAUGUGAGUAAAAAUGCUGUGACAGGACAGUUGGAAGGUCUUCCUGAAUCUUGGAUUCGUCUGCUCAAUACACAAAUAUCGAAAUCAGAACAGAACGAGCAUCCUGCUGCAGCUUUACAAGCAAUCAAAUUUUAUAAUUAUUCGAUUAAACGAAAACCAGAAGAAAAAGUAUUUAAACCUUUUGUUACGGAAGACCUAAUCGAAGAAGAAUCUGAAGAAAUUGAUAAAAUCUUAUCGAAGAAAUUUCAAUCUGAAGAUUCUGAUGGAUCAAGUUCUGCAAGUUCUACAGAUAGCCAAGUACAGAAGUUACCAGAACUUCCUCCAAAAGUGAACAAGAUUCCAAAACCAACACCACGAAUAUGCCCUGAUAGAGUGGAAAAAACUCUUACUGAAAUUCUUGAAGAUUUAAAUACAUAUCAGAUUGAAGAUGAUCAAUUGCUUGAAAAUGAGAGUGGACAAAAUAAAAUAGAGGAAAGUCCCAUUUUACGGAGGAAAACAGAAUGUUCAGCAAUAAAGCUUAAUGAUGAAGAGAUUUUUGAAGAACUUCGAGCUAUUUGUCAUAGUGGAGAUCCAAAUCUUCGUUUUGAAAAAACUAAAGAGGUUGGGGCUGGUGCUUCAGGUACUGUAUUUAUAGCCACUGAUAUACAUACUGAUCAAAGAGUUGCUAUAAAAGAUAUAGAUUUAUCAAAACAGCCAAAAAAAGAACUUAUAUUGACUGAAAUUAAAGUUCUCAAAGAAUUUCAGCAUCCAAAUCUAGUUAAUUUUUUGGAUGUAUAUCUUUUAAAUGAACAUUUGUGGGUUGUUAUGGAAUUAUUAGAAGGUGGGCCACUUACAGAUGUUGUUACUGAAACCAUAAUGAAAGAAAUACAAAUAGCAGCAGUUUGUAGAGAAGUUUUAAAGGCAAUUAGCUUUUUACAUACAAGAGGAAUUAUUCAUAGAGAUAUCAAAUCUGAUAAUGUACUUCUUGGAAUGAAUGGUGCUGUGAAAGUUACAGACUUUGGUUUUUGUGCUAAUAUCGAUGGUGAUGAGAAACGCCAAACUAUGGUUGGUACUCCAUAUUGGAUGGCACCAGAAGUAGUGACUAGAAAGCAAUAUGGUAAAAAAGUGGACAUUUGGUCUUUAGGUAUUAUGGCUAUUGAAAUGAUAGAAGGCGAGCCACCUUAUAUGAAAGAAACACCUUUAAGAGCCUUAUAUUUAAUUGCUGCUAUUGGUAAGCCUUCUAUUCCGAGAUGGGAUACAUUAAGUCCAACAUUUCAAAACUUUCUAGAAAGAUGUUUGGCAGUUGAAGUUGAUGAACGAGCAACUGCAGAUGAGUUAUUAUCUCACCCAUUCUUAGAAAACUGUGCUGAGUUAACAAGUCUGAUACCAUUGAUAAGAACCGCGCAAAGAAUACUUCAUAAAAUGUUCCACUAA